AUGAGAUCUAGAGAUCACUCUCGGAGGCUACUUGGUGUUGUCGGUGCCAUCAGUGCUGUCUGUGUGACAGGUGGUUUAAUUGCUUACUGGGCACUAUCCCCCAGCACCAGCGAUGGCUCGAAACAGGAGCGCAGGGGAUCAAGGUGCAUACUAGUCACAAAAACCAUUGCUGACUCCAACAAGAUCAACUGGGAGUCGCUGCUGAAGGAGGAUGUUGUUCUGGUGGUGGUUCCAGGGGUCAUGUUUUUGCACCAGAGCUACAAGGUGAUCCGUUGCAGCACAAUGAGCGGGCUCUGGUCGUGCGUAAGACAUUUGAAGAAAAAGCAGCUGUUGUUGAAGCCUGAUGACCUCGAAACAUCAAUGCCCGCAGAUGUCCCGCGGUACGUUGGUCAAGUUAUACACAUUGCGUCCGAGCUGGACCUAGCAGACUAA